CACGGCCCCAUUCUCAGAUAUGCAUGUUGUAGUCUCGCAUUUUUUCACUCGUCUCUGUUUAUAUUUUUGAAAAACGGGGCAUUUUAUACGAAGUGACAUUUCAGCGUACAGCAGAACAAACACAGGAACAUCUCCAACACCAGUUUUAUCCGCUGGACUCUCUUGAAGGUUUGAAGUGAUGUCGUCCGUGUGGCAGCAGGAGCCAUCAGGUUAUUCUCCCUGCGUAGAGAUUGACUCCAGCUCUGUGAGGUGCAAAGACAGGCUCACCUCUCCGGCCUGGCUGAAGCAAGAACAAGACGACCUCCGCAUCAUCAAGUGGGAGAACUUUCAAACAGGACCUUCAGCUGAUGCUGUUCAGGACAACACACCCAGCAGUGCCAUGUCUGCUGCCUCACAUGUAGAAAGCCUGCCCCCGAGGGUGCUGCUGACCAUCACCAAGCUCCAGUGCAUGCUGGAGAGCAAACAGGAGCGCAUCGCUGCGCUGGAGAGACAGGUGGAGGACCUGAUGCAGGACCGCAAGUUCCUGAGGAGCCAGAUUGAAAACCUCACACGUAACCGCUCCAUGCCAACUUUUGCAUCACCCAGUCCACUGACUGAAGCUCCAAAACCCAGCAAAGUGCAGCACUCAGAAAACAAAUCUCGGAAAAGAGAAAAAGCUUCUUGUAGUUCCUCUGACAGCAGCGACAGCGGUUCUGAAGCGUCAGAAUCAUCUGAAGUUUCAGCGGCCUCGAGUGAACACAGACGGAAGAAACACCAUAAGGACAAGAAAAGAUCAAAGAAAGGGAAGGACUACAGCAGGAAGAGAGCCACCGGUGUCCAGUAUGUCAUCCACCGCUAUAAACAAGUCCUGUCCGCCUUCAUCAAGAAGAAAAGCAUGAGUGAAGCCUUCCGUCAUUUGGGAAUCGACCGGAACACCAUCGCCAACACAGCGUCGAUUGCCGAGCUCCAUCUCGCCGGCAAAGACAUUGUCCCCUUGGUGGGCAUGUUUCGCCAAGGAGAAGAGACUCUGGUCAGCUACGCCCAUAGGUGCACCUUGGUCAUUGACAGCGACGCUGACCUGUCCAGGAGAAUAGACCAGAUGAAAGCUAACGGCGAGCUUCUGCCCAUCUCAGGGAAAAGGCCAAGGGUGUUGCAUUCUCACCUUCAGCAGCUAGGGGGAACAGCAGAGAGCAUUUUAAUAGGUUGAUGAUUAUUUCAUUGCGUUGAGAAGGGGUGAAACAAUGCCUUCACAAAAUUAUGUAUUUUUGUUUGUUUUUCCCUCAAUCAGAACUGCUGGAUUUAAAUGUUUUAUGUAGCAUUUUUGGAUUUCUAUAAGUUGAUUUAUGUCUCAAGGGAAAAAUGCAUUUCAGUAUCCACAUGUACAUAUUUAGGAUGUAUAUUUUGCACUUGAUAGCCAUGAAAAUUAUUUACAACUGUUUUCACCAAUGGAAAUGGAUUUGUUUUAUUAUUUAAGAGCAGAAGUGUGUGUAGUUUUAGAAACACCCACAAGAUGGCAGUGCUCACAUAUUAGAUUAUGUUUACAAAUCACUCCUCUUUCACUCCAAAAUGGUGGAUAGUAAAUUUCCAUUUUCCAGCACCAAAUUUUUGUUGGAGGUGUACCUUUAUGUUCAUAGACUUUGUGAAAAUACAUUUGUUGACAUUAUACUCUGAUUCAUAUUCUGUGAUUGAACUGAGCGAUUAAAUACUGCAUUUGUUGCAAAGUGUGUUAAUGUUUCUGAACAACCACAAAUGAAAAUGAAAACAGUUUGUUCAUACAGAGAAUUCAGUGAGUUAA